AUGCCUGCAGACGGCUUCCGACCCAUUUUCACUCGUUGUCAGAGCAGUUCUAUCUGUCCAGCUCCUCCGGUCACCUUCUCGCCAUUAAGUGACGAUGAUGUUAUGUGUUCUUCUAACGAGGCCAUCUUGGAACUCAACGAUGGCUCUGCGUUCAGAGGUAUCAGCUUCGGAGCGGAAGAAAAAAGCGUUGCAGGCGAAUGCGUCUUUCAGACCGGCAUGGUCGGGUACACAGAAUCCUUGACCGAUCCUUCAUACGAGGGCCAGAUCCUUGUUCUCACCUAUCCGUUAAUCGGAAAUUAUGGCGUGCCCGCACGCCCCAAAAACGAUGUUGAUCUCCCUUCCGAGUUCGAGUCAUCACGCAUUCAUAUUGCCGCCCUCGUAGUUGGCUCAUAUACCGAGGAUUAUAGCCAUUUCUUGGCAAGUUCUUCGCUUGGAGUUUGGUUGAAAGAAAACAAUAUUCCUGCCAUUUGUGGUGUGGACACACGCGCCCUCACUAAGAAGAUACGGGAAAAAGGUUCCAUGCUAGCCAGAGUGUUGGCGCGAAAGUCAGAUGCCCCUCCCCGCCGCUUGCAACUUCCUAUUCCAGAGUCACGCUCAGUCUCACGUUCAUCCUCGCCGCCACCUUCGGAAGACUACAUUGAUAUCCCAUGGCACGAUCCCAACUCCGACAAUCUCGUCGCUGCAGUAUCAUUAUCCGCUCCCCGACUUUUUAAACCUACAGGCCAGCCCCGUCUUCACCCAAACGGACGUGUCCUUCGCGUUGUCGCUGUGGAUGUUGGCAUGAAGUACAAUCAGAUUCGAUGCUUCACUAAGCGUGGAGUGGAACUCAAGGUUGUCCCUUGGGAUUAUGACUUCGUCAACGAAGCCGAGCCAUAUGACGGAUUGUUCAUCUCAAAUGGUCCAGGUGAUCCUGUGACAAUCAUGACUACCGUCAAGCGAAUUGCUCAGGCAAUGGAAAAAGGCGACCGUCCAAUCUUCGGUAUCUGCCUUGGGCACCAGUUGCUUGCUCUUGCCGCAGGAGCUACCACCUCAAAAAUGAAAUACGGCAACCGUGGACAUAACAUCCCGUGUACUCAUGCACUGACCGGAAGGUGCUACAUAACUUCUCAAAACCAUGGUUUCCAAGUCGACACAAAUACGCUCCCUCAAGGAUGGAAAGAGCUUUUCCGCAAUGCCAAUGACGGUAGUAACGAAGGCAUCUAUUGCGAAGACAAACCAUUUUUCUCCGUACAAUUCCAUCCGGAAUCUACUCCUGGCCCUCGUGACACAGAAUUUCUUUUUGACGACUUCAUCCAGAUUGUCACGGAUUGCGUCAACACGAACACCCUGGUCCCCAUAUCGUUUCCGGGCAGGCGCAAGGAAGACAAUGAUCGAAUGUUCCCUCGCGCCAAUGUUCAAAAGGUUCUUAUCCUUGGCUCCGGUGGACUGUCCAUUGGGCAGGCAGGCGAGUUCGAUUACUCAGGCUCGCAGGCUAUCAAGGCGCUUAAGGGGGAAGGCAUUUACACCAUUCUCGUCAACCCUAACAUUGCCACCAUUGCUACCUCCAAGGGUCUCGCGGACAAGGUAUAUUUCCUUCCGGUAACACCCGAUUUCGUGCGCAAAAUCAUCAAGUACGAGAAACCGGAUGGCAUCUACGUGACGUUCGGUGGACAGACCGCCCUCAAUGUCGGCAUUAAACUCAAAGAUGAGUUUGCGGCUCUUGGAGUACAGGUUCUUGGUACCCCCAUCGAGACUAUUAUCACGACGGAGGAUAGGCAAUUAUUUGCCCAAGCAAUGGAGGACAUCGGGGAGCGUUGUGCUCAGUCUGCCACAGCCACCACUCCAGAUGAAGCAGCUGCCGCAGCGCGCGAGAUCGGCUUCCCGGUUAUUAUUCGUGCUGCAUACGCUCUGGGUGGUUUGGGAUCUGGUUUCGCGCAGGAUGAAGCCCAACUUCGCGCUCUAUGUAGCAAGGCAUUUGCGACUAGCCCUCAGGUGCUCGUGGAAAAGAGCAUGAAAGGUUGGAAAGAGAUCGAGUACGAGGUUGUCCGCGAUUGUCGCGACAAUUGCAUAACCGUUUGUAAUAUGGAGAAUUUUGAUCCCCUUGGUAUACACACCGGAGACUCCAUUGUAGUCGCUCCCUCCCAAACACUGUCUGACGCCGACUACAACAUGCUUCGAACAACUGCGAUCAAUGUCAUUCGCCAUCUUGGUGUUGUUGGCGAGUGCAAUAUCCAGUACGCUCUGAAUCCAACCUCGAAGGAGUACUGUAUCAUUGAGGUUAACGCACGUCUGUCGCGAUCGUCAGCGCUGGCUUCAAAAGCCACAGGUUAUCCGCUUGCAUUUAUUGCCGCUAAGCUCGGUCUGGGUAUCCCGUUGAACGAAAUCAAGAACUCGGUGACGAAAGUAACUAGCGCCUGCUUUGAGCCAAGCUUAGACUACGUUGUCGUCAAGAUACCACGUUGGGACCUCAAAAAAUUCAACCGGGUCAGCCGGCUCCUUAGCAGUAGUAUGAAGAGCGUCGGUGAAGUUAUGAGCAUCGGCAGAACUUUCGAAGAGACUAUCCAGAAGGCGAUACGGGCGAUCGACGAUCAGUUCCUUGGAUUUGCGAAGAAUAACUUUGUGGACGACAUUGACGAGGAAUUGGUCAAUCCCACUGACAAGCGGAUAUUCGCCAUCUCAAAUGCAUUCCACCGGGGCUAUAGUGUGGACAAGAUCUGGCAGAUGACUAACAUCGAUAAAUGGUUCCUAACGAAACUUCAACACAUUUAUCGCAUGGAGAAGCGCUUGUCAGAGCAAUCUAUUGGUUCUGUCAGUAACAGAAUCGUCCUCCAAGCGAAACAGCUUGGCUUCUCCGAUCGCCUAUUAGCCAGUUGUUUGGGUUCAUCGGAGUUAGCUGUCCGAAGGCUUCGUCAAGAAAUUGGCAUUGCCCCAUUCGUCAAGCAAAUAGACACCGUCGCAGCCGAGUUCCCCGCAGUAACGAAUUACCUCUACACUACGUAUAACGCUAUCGAACACGACGUCAAGUUUGAUGAUCGCGGUGUCGUGGUCAUUGGCUCGGGCGUCUACCGCAUUGGAUCCUCAGUCGAAUUCGAUUGGUGCGCUGUCAGGGCUAUCAGGACGCUUCGUGAACAAGGCCUCCCGACAAUCAUGGUCAACUACAACCCAGAAACAGUCAGUACUGACUACGACGAAGCUGAUCGCCUUUACUUCGAGAAUAUCAGCUUGGAGACCAUUCUUGAUAUCUAUGAUACAGAGCGUUCGCGUGGCGUCAUCUUAUCUAUGGGUGGCCAGACCCCGAACAAUAUUGCCCUUCCCCUCUAUCGUCAGAACGUGAAAAUAUACGGGACUUCUCCUGAGAUGAUAGACACAGCAGAGAAUCGCUUCAAAUUCUCUAGGUUACUCGAUGAGAUUGGCGUUGACCAGCCUCUUUGGAAGGAGCUGACUAGUUUCCAGGAGGCUCUCGCCUUUUGCGAUUCAGUGGGGUACCCUGUCCUCGUCCGUCCUUCCUACGUCCUUUCAGGGGCUGCUAUGAAUGUCGUUUCAACUGGUGACGACUUGGCCAACUAUUUAACACAAGCAACCGCUGUCUCUCGUGAACACCCCGUCGUCAUCACGAAGUACAUCGAGCAAGCGAAGGAGAUAGAGAUGGAUGCUGUAGCAAAGGACGGUCAGAUGGUCAUGCAUUUCAUCUCAGAGCACGUUGAGAAUGCUGGUGUGCACUCUGGUGACGCCACUCUCAUUCACCCACCACAAGAUCUUGAUCCCGCUACUGUUCGUCAGAUCGAGGAAGCCACUGCCAAGAUCGGAAACGCUCUCAAUGUGACUGGACCCUUCAACAUCCAGUUCAUAGCUAAGGACAACGAGAUCAAGGUGAUUGAAUGCAAUCUACGAGCAGCACGAUCUUUCCCCUUCGUUUCCAAAGUCACCGGCAUUGACGCUAUCGAGAUGGCCACCAAGGUUAUGCUUGGAUUGCCGGUAGAGAGCUACCCGGAUCCUGGUCUUCCUCCAGACUAUGUUGGAGUCAAGGUCCCCCAGUUUAGCUUCAGUCGGCUCUCUGGAGCAGACCCUGUACUUGGUGUGGAAAUGGCGUCUACCGGAGAAGUCGCUUGCUUCGGCCGUGAUAAGUAUGAGGCGUAUCUAAAGGCUUUGAUCUCCACCGGCAUUGUGCCACCAAAGAAGAAUAUCUUGCUCUCUAUUGGGAGCUAUCGGGAAAAAUUGGAAAUUCUGCCCUCGGUGCAGAAGCUCCAUGCCGCUGGAUACAACAUUUUCGCAACAUCCGGUACUGCUGACUUCUUGACCGAACAUAAUGUUCCUUGUAAAUACCUGGAAAGCCUCCCUGAAGAUAGCAACGACAAACAGAAGUCCGAAUAUUCGCUCACACAGCACCUGGCCAACAAUCUUAUCGACAUGUACAUCAACCUCCCAUCGAAGAACAAUUAUCGCCGCCCUGCAAGCUACGCCAGCAAAGGGUACCGCACGCGGCGCAUGGCCGUUGAUUUUGCAAUUCCGCUCAUAACGAACGUUAAAAACGCGAAAUUGCUUGCGGAAGCACUUGUUCGCAAGCUUCCGUUGGAUGUAUCGAGUAUCGAUUCUAAAUCCUCGUAUCUAACGCAUUCGUUCCCCGGGUUUGUUAAUGUUUCCGCGUUCCUACCCCGCCUCACUUCGUCGGGAGCCGAUGACUUCGAGCAAGCUACUCGGGCUUCUAUCAGUUCAGGCUUCACUACUUCACUCAUCUUACCAGUCGGUCUUGACAGCGCCAUCACCGAUGCCUCUUUACUUGAGCAGGCCCAUGUCACAGCUGCAAAGAGUGCACGCUGCAACUACGCCCUCAGCAUUACUGGGAAAGAUAGUAAUGUCCAGGCUCUUGACGAGGAAGUUAGAACGGACGUGAAGUCGUUGUACGUCUCAUUCCAUGGAAACUUCGCCUCUCCUCAGAUUUCCACUGUCGCUGCCUACUUCGCCUCGUGGCCCCAAAAUAAAACAAUUGUGACCGAUGCCCGUGGCUCAAACCUUGCAUCAGUGCUCCUACUAGCAUCUCUUCAUAACCGCAGCGUUCAUAUCACCGACGUCAGGAACAAAGAUGAUCUGCUUCUCAUCUCACUCAGCAAGGAAAAGCAUCUCAAGGUUACCUGCGACUAUCAGGAGGCACUGUGGAAGAACCUUGAUGUAAUCGAUGCAUUCUCGGUCGGGAUGCUUCCUCAUCAACUUGCGACAGAACUUCAGGAUGGCCGACUCACGCUUGAGGACAUUCGUGUGCGCCUUCACGAUAAUCCGAUUCGCAUAUUCGGUCUUCCUGAACAAACGACAACUCACGUGGAAGUCGUCCUAGGACGGCGAGCUCAGCAUCAGAGCCACAGCACGUGUUGGUCUCCUUUGCAGAACAGUUCUGUCACUGGGUCACUGCACAGAGUAGUUGUGCAUGGCAAAACCUUAUUCCUUGACGGUGAACUCUCUGUUUUACCGUUAGGGAAAGAUGUGUCAAGUGCGACGAUUGUGCAUGCCGCCGGAGAACGGCACGCAGGCGUGCCUCCAGCGAAACCACAGCUUGUUUCUGGGCCUUCUGCCGCCAGGGCGCCUGAUGGCUCUACCCUUCCUCAUCAGACGGCUUUGGCACCGUCUGCCAGUGGUCCUGCUGGCUCAAGCAUCAAUGUACCGCCGAUUGUUCACGGUCGUCAUCCGGCAUUCCAUCGUCGUCAUAUACUUUCUGUGAAACAAUUCACCCAACGCGAUAUGUAUGACCUCUUUUCCUUGGCUCAUGAAAUGCAACUUCAGGUCGAACGCAAUGGGACAUUAGACAUCUUGAAGGGCAAGGUCCUUUGUACCCUUUUCUACGAACCGUCCACCCGUACAAGCACUUCUUUCGAUGCGGCCAUGAAACGUUGUGGAGGCGAAGUGGUUCAAGUCAACGUAGACACUUCAUCAGUGAAGAAAGGAGAGACACUGGCGGAUACCGUUCGCACAGUAGGGUCUUAUGCCGAUGCUAUUGUGAUUAGGCAUCCCGACGUCGGCAGUGCCCAGCUCGCCGCUAAAUAUUCCCCUGUACCUGUUUUGAAUGCUGGCGAUGGCAUAGGAGAGCAUCCUAGUCAGGCUCUUCUCGAUAUAUAUACCAUUCGAUCCGAGCUGGGGACUGUCAAUGGCAAAACGAUCACCAUCAUAGGAGAUCUCAAGAAUGGGCGCACAGUUCAUAGCCUGGUCACUUUACUCUGUCACUACUCAGUCCGCCUGAACUUCGUCUCGCCUCCAGCGCUUGCAACGCCCGCAAAGGUAAUCGCUACUGCGCGGAAGACGGGUGUAUUUAUGCAGCAGCUGGAAUCGCUGGAGGAGGUCUUGCCCGAGACGGACGUUCUCUACGUAACCAGAGUGCAACGAGAGAGAUUCAAGGAUGAAUCUGAGUGGCAAGCGGUCAAGGACUCUUAUAGGAUUGAUCACGCCCUUCUUUCUCGGGCCAAAGAAGAUAUGAUUGUAAUGCACCCGUUGCCUAGAAUGAAUGAAAUCGAUCCUGAAGUCGAUUUCGACUUCCGACGUGCCGCCUACUUCCGUCAAAUGCGUUACGGACUCUUCGUUCGGAUGGCUCUUCUCGCCAGUGUGAUGGGCUGA